CCCCCCGCGAAAUUUUGUAACAGAUUUCCUCUAUUGCCUGAAACCACCACCACCCCCUCCUCCUUUCUGAAAGAUCACCUACAAAAAAGCCAGACUCUCCCUGCCGUUCAUCCAUCCCCUGCCGCCGCCGCCGCCGCGUUAAUUGCCGGGAGAAGGCUGCGGAGCAAACUCCACGUUGCUGCGCCGAGGGCGCGAAGAAAUUUCAACUCGCGGCGCGCGUAGCGCAGUUUUUUAUUAUUAUCAUCAUUAUUUGUACUUAUUAAAAAGAGAGCCGCCAAGUUCAGUGCGGGCAAUUUAUUUAUUGAUUUUAUGAGCAUUAUUUUUGUAACAAAAAAUGUCUUACUUUAUUUUGUAGUUUUGUAACAAACAAAAAAAAGAGAAAUCUUUACGAGACGAACGGCUUCGUUGUACGGACAAUAUUUGCUCUCGUCGGUGUGAUUCACACAAUCAUCAUCAUCAGCAGCAGCAGCAGCAUCCUCCCCCGUCAUCGCUCUGCCCAGUCCGAGCUCGCCGCUUCCCUGCCGUCGAAGAUCCCGAGCAUGGAGGAGCUCACGGCCUUCGUCUCAAAGUCAUUCGAGGGCAAAGUGAAGGACCGCAAGGACGGAAUUACUUACCGCGAAGUCCUCGAGAGCGGCUCGCUUCGCGCUCGGAGCGGCAUGGCCACGGACGAGAUUGUAGCGACUGCUGCCGCUGCUGCUGCUGCUGCUGCGGCGAGGGAAGAAGCGAUGGCGGGGUCCCUAUCGGCAGGGUUGGCCCCGCGGCUGCCAAUGCUGCCCCGCCCGCCGAGCAGCAAGGAGUUAGGGCUGGACGGAGACAGCGAGAGGGAGGACAGCGACUUCGGUGUCUCCAAGGGCCGAGACGACUCGAAGGAGCGGCGGGAGGAGUCGAGGGCCGAGGAGGAGGAGGGCCAAGCGAAGCUCAAGCAGCGCCGCAGUCGCACCAACUUCACCCUGGAGCAGCUCAAUGAGCUGGAACGUCUAUUCGACGAGACGCACUACCCCGACGCGUUCAUGCGAGAGGAGCUGAGCCAGAGGCUCGGACUGUCCGAGGCUCGAGUGCAGGUCUGGUUCCAGAACAGGCGCGCCAAGUGCAGGAAGCAGGAGAACCAGAUGCAUAAAGUGUUUACCGCCUGUCGCCCAGGAGUUCUGAUCGGCACCACGAGUCACCUGGAGGCGUGCCGCGUGGCCCCCUACGUCAACAUGGGCGCUCUGAGAAUGCCCUUCCAACAGGUACAGGCGCAAUUGCAAUUGGAGGGAGUUGCUGCCCAUGCACACCACCACCUCCACUCGCACCUCGCCGCACACGCUCCCUACAUGAUGUUCCCGCCGCCGCCCUUCGGGCUGCCCUCGCUCGCCAGCAUCGCCGACUCCGCCUCGGCGGUGGCCGCCGCCGCCGCGGCCGCUAAAACGAGUACCAAGAACUCGAGCAUCGCCGACCUGCGACUCAAAGCUCGCAAGCACGCGGCCGCCCUGGGUCUCUAAGAGGCCGCCGGCGAGGCCCUGCGGCCCGGCACGACAGACCUCGGCCACCGCCGAUCAGCGGCCGCCACCAAUCGGCCGUCACCAAAUCGAUCAACGGCCGCCAAUCAACGGCCGCCAAUCAACAGCCGCCACUCUUACGGCCGUCACUCAGCAGCCGUCAAUCAACAGCCACCACAUCAACAGCCACCAAUAAUCAAUCGCCCAACGAGUUUUGCCACCGAACGCCAGGAGUAGUCGUGCUGGAGUCCGUUUGUAGCGAUGGUGGUGGUGAUGGUGGUGGUGGUGAUGAUGGAGGAGGUAGAAUGAGUUGGUCAGGAACGUUUCUGCUCCGGCUGAACUCGGCACAAAUGUGAUUUUGUCGCUGACCCCCCACGUCCCCCCUGCCCCCCACCCCCACCUCCCUGUUGACUGAGCACAAAGUUGAACACGUAACGAACGGCACAAGUUGAAGGACAAACGUUGGACUCCAUUUACGAUAUUCUUAGCGAUAUCCCUACGAUACAUUGCACGCAAACAAGUCGUGUGGAACACGUGCCGCGUGUAGUUCGACCCAAGAGCGUUAUCGCGUUUCCCCUUUGAGCCCGACUCUGAUCCACAUGAUGAUGAUGAUGGUGAUCUCGAUCUUUCUUGCCCAAGAGUGACUGCAUGGGGAGGGGAGGGAGGGGGA